AUGAUUGAAAAUACUACUACUAAUACAAUUGAAGUUGCAACACCGCGAGCCACACAAGAUGAUGAUGAAAUUCCAUUAGGUCAACUUUUUGCACUAUCUGAACCAGAAAAUUUAGAUUUACUUCCUCCUCCAUAUUACCCAAGAGAGGUAAAUAGGUGUUCACGUCGUUUUCCUUCACCCUUACUCUUAAAUUCAUCAGAAGACAGCCCACCUGCUUACACACUGUCAAGAAAUAAUAAUAAUCGUGUGCCUUUCACAAUUAAUAUCAGAUACCCGACCAGAAUUUACUGUCUUAAUUGUCAAGAAUACACGCUGUCAAUUGUGAGAAAGAGACCAGCCACAAAAGCUUAUGCUUAUUCUCUUUUGUUCUGCUUUGUUUUCUGGCCAUUGUUUUGGGUGCCUUUUGUAUCGAAAGGAUGUCGAGAAAUAUUACAUAUAUGUUCAGAAUGUGAUCAUUUGUUAGCUGUAGUCGAGGAAAAUGACAAGGAAAAUGACGAUGCUUCUUCAAUAUAUUGA